AUGCCAAAGCCCGCCGUGACGACAUCAGGAGCGCGCCCGAAAUCCAGCGACCGUUACCCGCCGCCCGUACCCCCGCGCCCCCUGCCUCCGCCGCUGUGUCGGUGGGGCCCCCCGCCUCGUCUCGGAGCCCCGGGCCUCGCGUCCGGGAGAAGCAGCAGCCGUGCUCGGCCGCGUCCGUCGCCGGCCCGGGGCGCAGGCAUGGCGGACGGCGGCGGGGGCGCGGGGAGCGCCGGGGCGGCGGCGGCGGGCGGCGGGGCCGGGGGCGGCGGCGGGGGUCCCGUCAACCCGGCCUCGCUGCCGCCGGGCGACCCGCAGCUCAUCGCCCUCAUCGUGGAGCAGCUCAAGAGCCGCGGCCUGUUCGACAGCUUCCGCCGGGACUGCCUGGCCGACGUGGACACCAAGCCAGCCUAUCAAAACCUGCGACAGAAAGUGGAUAACUUUGUGUCAACACAUCUGGACAAACAAGAAUGGAAUCCUGCAAUGAACAAGAACCAGUUACGAAAUGGUCUUCGGCAGAGUGUGCUUCAGUCAGGCAUGCUGGAAGCAGGUGUGGACAGGAUUAUCUCUCAGGUGGUGGAUCCAAAGCUGAACCACAUUUUCCGGCCUCAGAUUGAGCGAGCAAUUCAUGAGUUCCUGGCGGCCAAGAAGAAGGAAGUGGUGCCAGCACCACCUCCAGAGCCCGAGAGCCAGGACCCUUCCGCUCCGUCCCAGGAUGCCUCCUAAGAAUAUGCUAGACACCUUUGGAAAUCAUCAUUAAUGAAAAACAACAAGAAAUGGAUUCCUGUUUCAAACAAUUGCAACUUUGGUAGACCAGGGUCACUGCUGUCAAGAUUUGAGCCUUGACUGAGGGGCAGUGUCCAGAUUAAUUGGGGAGCAAGUGUGGACAGGUGUCUGCACCUGUGCCUUCAUUUGCCCAGCUUGUCCAAGGGUGUGUCACCCAGGAGACACUACAGAGUUCUCAACACUACUGCCACCUAGGCUGUCCUGAAACAAGCCUUUCUACUUGAACUUGGACCCGCCUGUGGGUGUUAACAUUGGUGCUGUGCCGCAGGCAAAGCUAUACUGACAUUUCGUAGUCUCAAAGGGAACUUGUAAGAACAAGGAUUGUAAAGGUCAGUGGGUGGGGCUAUUUGACAGUGCUUUUGAUAUUGUAGUUACAAACUGGAACAUACAAGCAGUUAGCAUCAGAGAGCCUUAAUGCUGCUGUGGCCUUGGACCUGGGUCUUGUAGCCAGUUUCCUGGCCCUUGCCAGAGGCGGCAGAACAUGGAGCGGAGAGUGAACGAGAAGCUCCAGCAUGAGGUGCCGGGAAACCCUGGCGGCCUCUGUCCCGGCUCUUCCCGCUCGUGCAGCUCGUCUCAUGUUUGUGUUUGCUCGGCCAGCAAAUGGUCAAUGUGUUUUAUACUAAAGUCACCUGCUACUCUUUCUUUAAAGCUCCAGUGGAGCCUGAAUCUCCGGUUUGGGCUUGAUCUUGUUCCUCUGCCUGCAUGUUAAUUCUGUGCACAACAGUGACUUCACGGAGUCCAGGAGAUGCAGCCGGAGGCCAGAACUGUCUUUCUCCUUGAACUCUCAGACACUGGAGACACUGGCUCAAUAAGGUGCUACAUUUUUUGGUGGUUCUCAGCCCUGAGUGUACAGAAGAGGCUCCUGCGCAUCUGGGGAAAUGUAUGUCGUAAUUCAGAAACUCUGGGUGGUAACUGGAGAAUUGGCAUCUCUGACAAGUUCCCAGCCAUGCCCCAGCGAGAAGGAGAAUCUGUUCUGCCAAGAGCUUCCUGCUCUCUGUAGCUGUGUCCUGGCUCUGGGAAUGAGAGAGACCCCAGGGUCAUUUUCAGUUGUGAACCAGGCUUUGGGAACCUGGGCUCAUGGAUUGUUUAUUCUGUUUGUUUUGGUCAGAAUGAGUCUCAAAAGUAGAUUUCCCUGGCUGAUUCUACUCAGCAGCAUGGGCCAGAGGCCACACACAGUUGGUUUUUGAGAUUAAAUUUUCAGAUGAAA